AUGGUAGACGAAUAUUUAAGAAACAUCGAUUCCUGCUUCAAUAUAUUCAAAAUUGUUGGAAUCUACCGUCCAAGUGGAGUUCAUAUUGGACAUAAAGUUUAUGGAUUCUUUUCUCGCCUCAUCUUAAUAGACAUUUUUCUGGUUCUUCAAACAAUUUACUUCUUUCAAGUUAAAAAUAUUAUUGACUUUGCAGAUCUCUUGUCCAUGCAAUUGACAUACGUUGGAAUAGCUGCUAAGUCAUAUUAUGUGAUAUUCAAUUUCGGUACAAUAGUCGAGGUUGUCUCAGGAUUAAGAGAACUUCUAAUAUUUGCAAGUGAAUAUCAAAUUAAUUUUGGUGAUUUUAUCAAAAAGCGAAUGAAAAAUAUCCGUAAAGUUUUUGUAAUUUACUGGAGCACAUGUCCAACUAGCAUCACUUUAGCAUUCAUUAUGGCUAUGAAAGAUGCUCAAUCAGCUCCAUUCAUGACUCAAUAUAAAAUUUAUUCACCGCCGUUCUUUAAUUUUGAGGAAAGUUAUUUUUAUUUUGUCAUCACUGAAAUUUAUGCAAACAUUAGUGCUCAAUUUGCAUCAACCUCAGCUGUUGCUAUGGACUUUUUGGCAGUGUUUUUCUUUAGCAUUGGUGCUGGGCUACUUGAAGAAUUAGCAGCAAGAAUUGAAUUUAUAGAAACUGAAAUAAGUGAGGAAGUAAAAGUUAAAAUACAUGAAGGCAUUACAAUUGAUGAGCUUAACAAAUGCAUUUUAAUCCACACUAAAAUUAAAAAAUUUCUCGUUGCUGCUCAAAAUCUUGUUUCACCAAUUAUUUUUAUCCAAGUAGUAAUCAGCACUGCUGUUAUUUGUACAACUUGCUACACGAUUUCAAUGUUCUCACCAGCUGACGGCGCAUCAGUCUUUUUCCGUCAGAUAACCUACAUGAUCCCGAUGGGUCUACAAAUAUUCAUUCCUUGCUACUACGGAAAUGAAAUUAUGAUUGCUGCUGAGAAGUUCUCGAUGAACAUCUUUCAUACAAAAUGGUAUCAAGGCUGCAAAAAGUUCAGAACAGCUUUUAAAACCCUCUUGAUUCAUGCAUCUCAGCCAUUAAUUAUGAUUUCAGGGAUUCUCUUUCAGGUUACUUUGGAGAAUUUUGUAACAGUUAGUAGACUGUCUUACAAGUUUUAUGCUGUCAUGCAGAAUAUGAAUGCUAAAGAUGGAUUAAUGAACAAUUAA